AAAUGACAAAACUUGUUUCUUGCCUUGCCACGGCCAUCAAACUCGGAGUGGUGAGCACGUUUGUGUGCUCUUUUGUUUUGUUUCAUAUUUAUUUCUUUUUGGAGAGAUCUCCACCAGCUAAUACAAAGCAUUUUGAUGAUAUGAAUACUAAUCCUUUAAAUUUUGCUGAUUUGAAUUUAUUUUCCAUUCAUGAUGAGAGUAGUAUUGUGAAGGAAGGUUCAUCGUCAUCACCCGGAAAGAAUAGAAGAAGACUUGUUCAACCAAAGAGCUUGAGAAAAAUUGCUCUUGAUGAAAUCGGAACUGUAAAUUCAACCAAAGUUGUGAAUGAUGAUGACGAAAAAACAUAUUAUACUAUUUUCCAAAUUCAUGGAACUCCUGGAUCUAGACGAUGGAGGUAUCCAGUUGAUCAUCACUUUGUGAGGACUUUCGGAGGAGACAAAAAGUUGAGAAUUCUCAGUCUUGAUAGACCUGGUAUUGGUCAAUCUACUCCAAUAAUAUCUAGUAUUGACUCGGAAGGUAAUCCUGUCUAUAAUUUGGAACCUUUCAAUGUGGAUUAUUAUGAAGCUAGUGCUUUGGACCUUUUAUAUGUUGUGAGAAAGUUGAGAUUAAAGCACUUUUCACUCUUUGCUUAUUCUCAAGGUGCUGCUCAUGCUACAAUGCUUUCACACUAUUUGGAACAAUUAAAGAAGAGAGAACGUGGUGAAAAGGUAACUCAUGCUCACUUGAAGAGCACUGAAAGAUUCCACAAUGACUUGAUGACCAAGAUUUUAUUGUCAAAGGAUUCCGAAAAGUAUUGGACUUUUGAAAAUGGAGUUUCAAACUAUACAUCAUCUACUGAAUGGUCAUGGAAAGAUGUUACCAUCGACAGAGUUGUCUUGAUGGCACCACAAGGUUUCUAUUCAGAAAAGGUCAGACAAGCUCUCUUGAAAGAGCAAGACAUGACCAUUCCUGAGCACAAGAGAUGGUCUUCAAACCUUCAUCAAAUUUAUUCUUUCCACAAUUAUCAACCACCACUCGGAACUAAUAUUGUUCAUGCUGUAUACAAGAUGGUUUCACAAUUGGGAUUUAUCACUAAUAUCAAAUAUUGGGAAGAAAAUAUGAAAUUCAUGCUUGAUCCUUUGGGAAGAGAUUCAUUCAUUUUCCAUGAUGAAGCUACUGGAUGGAAGAAGGCUUUUAACAAUACCAUGAUUGAUACCUACAGAUUUACUACCAUGACUUUCCUUGUAGAAGUUUAUAAUAGUUAUUAUUUCACUGAAAAUUAUGGACCUAACUUUGAUAUUUCCUUGAAGAAUAUUCCAACAUGGAUUUUGAAAGCUGAGGAUGAUAUUCUUGUUCCAAUUGAAGCUUUUAAUACCUUUGUUGAAAAGGUUUGCACCAAUAAGGAAACUUGUAAUGUCACUGUUGCUUCCAACACUACCCAUUUCCAAAUUUUCAAGAAUUAUUACACACAAUCUAUUCAACACCUUGUGAAGGGAGUUUUUGGAGAAAGUGUCAGCCUUAGAAAGCCAAGAAGAAAGAUUAUUGUUAUUGGUAGUGGUCUUGCUGGCUUGACAGCUACUCUCGAAUCUGCCUACACCUACGAUCAAGAUGUCGUUCUCAUUGAAAAGGAACCUAGACUUGGAGGAAACAGUGCCAAGGCAACCAGUGGUAUGAAUGCUAUCCAAACAACAACACAAAGAAACGUUCUCGUCUUUGAUUCAUAUACUCACUUUUGGAAUGAUACUAUCAAGUCUUUCACAGGAGGAAAGGUCUUGUCUACCCUCAAGGAAGCUAGAAGAAUCAUUAGAAAUCCAAAGAAUAAGAAGAAGGUUGAAGGAGAGGAAAAUUUAAUUACAGAAAAUUCUUGGAGAAUUUUGGAAACUCUUGUCAAGGAUUCCAAGCCAGCCCUCCAAUUCUUACAAUCAUUUGAUGUGAAAAUGGAUGUUGUUUCCCAAUGUGGAGGCCACUCAAAGCCAAGAACUCACAGAAGCAUUAACAAGAGUGACAAACCAAUUAACAUUGGAAGUGAUAUUAUUUCCAAGCUCUCUGCUUUUAUUAGAGAAAAAUUGGCUGAGCGUGUUGUCAUCAAGACUGAACAUCAUGCCAUUCAAUUAAUUUCUGAAGAAAAUGAUCUUGGAGAAACCAUUGUCAAGGGUGUCAAGGUUUUGAACAUUAAGGAAAAUACUACUGAAACAAUUAUGGGAGAUUCUAUCAUUUUGGCAGCUGGUGGUUAUGGUCAAGAUAGAGAUGGUUAUUUGAAGCAAUUCGCUCCACACUCUGUCAAUUUACCAUCAACUAAUGGUUUGUGGGCAACAGGUGAUGGUAUAAAGAUGGCUGUCAGAGAUGUAAACGCAUCCUUGAUUGAUAUGGGAGAAAUUCAAAUUCACCCUACUGCCUUUGUUGAUCCAGCCAAUCCUACUGCAAUGACAUUAAUUCUCGCUCCAGAAUCAUUGAGAGGUUAUGGUGCUAUUAUUGUCAAUCAAGAGGGUAAGAGAUUUGUCAAUGAAUUGGGUACAAGAGAUGAAGAAGGAAAUUAUCCUCACGUUACUGCCUACAUGAUUAUGAAUGAAUUUGUUAUGAAAUCAUUUGGUGAAAGCUUGACCUCCUUCUAUGCCAAGAAGGGUCUCAUUCGUAAAUAUGAAAACUUUGAAGAUUUGUGUCAAAAGGAAGAAUUGAACAUGUCUGCCAACUUUUGUGCCAACCUCGAAGAUACCAUUAUUGAUUAUGAUUAUUCAGUCGAUUAUAGAAGAUCAGAUCCUAACUAUAAGGAUUCAUUUGGAAAGACAGUUUUCCCAUCUAAAUUCAAUUUGGAAAAGAGUAAGGAAACUACUCCAUUCUUUGUGGCAAGAAUUACACCUGCUGUUCACUACACUCAAGGUGGUCUCUUAUUCAACAAUAAGGCACAAGUUUUGCGUAGAAAGACUCAAGAUACAAACGAAGUAAUUAGAAAUCUCUAUGCUGCCGGUGAAGUCACUGGUGGAUGUCAUGGUAAGAAUCGUUUGGCAGGUAACAGCUUGUUAGAAUGUGUAGUUUUUGGUCGUAUUGCUGCCUCAGAAGCUGCCCAAGAAUAA